AUGGAGGGUAUAUAUAAAAUUAAUUUAGUCCCAAGUGAUCUGAGCGUUGAGGAGACGAUACUGCAGAUUGCAGACACUUUGGAUAAUCUCAACGGUAUCGUAGACGAUGUAUUUGCAAGGCUGACGACACGAAUCAAACAGAACAUGGAUAAGACAAUGAAACUCCACGAGAGAGUAGAGAUGUCGAGGUCGAAAGUAGAGAAGUUGACCGGCAUGCAGAAAGCAAUCAAAGUUUUUUCCAGUGCCAAGUACCCGGCCGCAAUAACUCACGAACAUUAUCAAUCAGCUUUUGACGCGGAUGGAUACCAGCACAAGUCGAAAAAGGUUACUCUGAGUGGAAAAACUCAGGGGCAGUAUAAUGAAAAGGAAUUACAGGAGAAACUCCAUUUCUACCACGUGAAAGUGGCAGAACCUAAAGACUCAAGGCCUAAACCAGAUUUCAAUUUGAAUAGUAUGAUCGACAAGCUAUCGAGUGUCGGUGACUUACUCAUAUUCAACACCGACGAAAGUCCUUAUCUGGGCACUAUUCGGCCGACGGCAGCGUACGUACCAACAGUCACCUCUAAGGUCGAGAGUAAGAGCCUACUGGAAGCGGCGCCCAGCUCUAUUGUGCACAGAGAUGUUUUGAAGCGCGAUGCGGAUGAAUAUCUGUACGCACCAGGAAUGGGAAUGGUGCCGGAGCUGGAAAUGCCACUAGACCUUCCGCACUUACCGGGCAUAGCGGGCGACGUGCAGUUCUCAAAUACUACUGACGGGUCGAUAGCACCAUCAGUUGUGACGUCACCAGUGGCGCAAGUCAUGCCUGUACCAGAGUUGGAACUCCCGGACUUGAAAGAAUUACAAGUUGUUAGGGAACCAAUAGAAGAGGUGAACGUGCCUGUGUCGGUGGUGCCUGACAUCCCUGACGCGCCGCCCCCGCCGCCGCCUGCGCAGGCCUUGCCUCCUCCACCGCCGCCACCGCCCCCUCCACCACCGCCGAUGGACAUCGCGCCCCCCGCCGAUAUCCAACGGAAAGAGAAGGCUCCGUCGUCGACUCCAGCGCCAGCGCCUCCAGCCGGUGGCGACGCCCACUCUAACCUCAUGGCAGCCAUCCGCCAAGCAGGCGGAGCUGGUCGUGCCAAGCUCCGCUCAGCUUCCGAAUCCACACCACAGAAGGGCGGAUCAAUACCUAGCGGCGGUGAUCUGAUGGCGGAUCUCCACGCGAAGCUGUCGAUGCGACGCCGAGGCAUCUCCGGGGCUGAAAGGACAGGAGGCUCGGUCCUGCACACACUGGCUAGCUACAUACCUGAACCUGAGCAGUCCUCGCCUGCACGAUCAUCCAGCGACGACGACUGGGAAUGA